AUGUCGGAAAUGCCCAAAACAUGGCUCAUCGUCGGCGCUUCUCGCGGCAUUGGUCUCGAGUUUGUCCGCCAGAUUGUCGCUCUUGGUCACCAUGUCAUUGCGACAGUACGCAAUCCAAACUCAGAUAUUGAUACGCUGGUACAAAGUGCGCCAGGAAAAGUACGGGUUUUGACGUGUGAUGUUUCUCGUGAGGAGAGUAUCAAUAGCUUUAUUGAGCAGUUCGUUCAGACCGAAGAACGAAAGAUAGAUUAUGCGGUCAUCAAUGCUGGUGUAUUGAAAUAUCCGAAUCGAACCCUUGAGAUGACAUUUAGUCACUUUGCAACCCACCUCCACACGAACACCAUUGGUCCCAUAAUCGUAGCGCAGAAACUGCUACAACUCAGCAAUGUUGCCAUUAGCACCGUGGCUUUUAUGUCGAGCGACUCGGGCUCGACGACGCGAUUUCUUGCUUUUGAGGAUGGAUUUGCUGCAUAUUCCGCAUCGAAAGCGGGCCUAAAUCAAGCUCUGCGGCACAUGGCCGAGGAAUUAAAACGCAAAAAAAGCAAAACAGUUAUAAUAGCAUUGCAUCCGGGAGAGGUGUUGACGGACAUGAGCAAAAUCGAUAUUGCCUGGGAGAUCGACGGCGGACAAAUAACGGCUGAAGAGUCGGUGGUUGCCAUGAUCGAUGUGAUACAGAGCAAAAGUAUUGAACAUACCGGGACAUUUUGGACGUGGAAGAAUGAGUCCCACGCAGACUUCUCGGCAUUUCGCCUCUGUUAUCGCAGAUCGUCCAUUAGCAUUGGGUUUCUUGCUCGUCUGAAGUCCGUGAAGUUCAGAUCAGACUGGCUACUCCGGAUGGACGCCAAGACGGGCUCGGUCGCAUCCGACGACAGUCUGCGUGCUGCCCACCCAAAACAACAUUCAUACGAACAAGUCUUUUCGACCUUUCCCACGUCUCAGCAGCCUCGAUUCGUUCAGUCGAUAUCACCGACUCAAGAUGAACCCCCCGCAAACAAAGAUAACGCCGAUGAUAAGGAUAAAAUGUCGCAACCACAACAGGCAAAAGCCGGUAAAUCGCCUCUGUUCUGGGUCAAUUCAGAUCCCCAGACGGUGCAGAAGGGCUCCAGGGAGGAAACACUUAAGCGCAUUCGAUCGCAUGUGAUGUCCGAGCACAACCGCAAGAAACGAUUAGAGAAUACACGACGGUACAAUAAGAGCAAGACAUGGAAGAACCUCGCAUAUCGACCGGAACCGAUUGCGACGUCUAAACUCUCUCGUGCGCUUGAGUCCUCGAUGUCGUCGCCGUCCUCGUCGUCAGCCUCCGAUAGAUCUAGUUCCAAGAGCUCCUCGUCUCCGGAAAUUCGAGAAACCUCGCCACCGGACAGUCUGAAGACGUCAAGAAGUACCGGAUCAUUGGCAUCAGAGACGUCUAUAGCAUUUUCGACUGGCCAAGACUCGACGCUGGACUAUACGCAAGAUUCGCCGCAAGAUCAACAAUUAUCUAUCAUCAGUACGGACGAUCUACUAGAUCCGUUUCAAGCGACACAAAUACGGCUGUCCGAGGCGCAAUAUCAACACUUCAAAUAUUUCCUGUACGACCUGGUCCCGCAAGCAGCACCAUUUAUAAAACACGGCGUCGCAAAGUUGCGCAGACACUGGGUCUCUCUUGCACAGUCAAGUCCAUCUGUGUUAUAUUCUUGUAUCACCUCGGCAGUUACGAAUAAGUCAUUGAUGACUGGGGAUUUCUUCGCAGAUCCGGCCACGCAGCGGAGUAGUUCUUUGAUCCUCGACCGACUGCGGAAUCGGGGGGAGACGAUCAGCUUGAUCAAUCGAGAUCUAUCGUCUGUGUCGUCGGCAACGAGUGAUGCGUGCAUUUCCGCUGUUUCCAUGCUGAUAUCUGUGGAGGUUACGGGGAGCAAUCCACAAGAUAUAGCGCCUCAUCUCAAUGGGCUACGAAAGAUGGUCGCUUUGCGCAGAAAUUUUGCAGACAUAAAUCCAUCGGUACGAUCGCAAGUCGAAUGGAACGAUAUUCGAUCCGCAUGCAAGACCAUGACCAAACCCAUCUUCCCAUUCAUCCGCUACACCAUGCCAUCCCACACUCCACGAGAAGUCAGCGUCGAAAACGCAGGCAACCUGGCCUCUACAUUGCGCCUCCUCGCCCGUAUACCGGGUGUAUUCGGCGUCGAAAUGUCCCGCACAAUCGACGACUUGACGUCUCUAACUCUAUACGCCGAAAUCUUCAAACUCCAACCUGAACUCGCCGCAAGACUAUUCGACGAAGAAAUAGAAGAAUACUUCAACAACGAAGUCCUCUACACAGAAUACUGCCUCGUCAACGACCGCUGGAUCACAACACCCCUUAAUAAUACCGACAACAACACCACCUCACCAGACAGACUCCGCGGCGACGACACAAUCGAAGGCGCCGUCCGCCUCGCCAGCCUCUUAUUCCACAACACAACAAUAUGGCCCUUCUAUCCCGCCAUCGCCCCUUUAUUUCCCGUACCAAUAUUCUGCCUCGAGACAGCGCUCCGCAACGGCAUCGCAGCGGGGACAUACACCUACCUCCCGGACCUUUUGAUCUGGCUCCUCUUCAUCGGCGCAAGUGCCGGCAAAUAUCUCCCCACGACGCGGGGCUGGUUCAUGUCCGAACUCUCCAAAGCCGUGGACGCAUACAACAACACCUCCUCCUCUUCCACCACGACGGCGACGAAAAAUAACGACUUUUAUAUAGAUAAUAACAACGAAUACGAAAUCGGCCCGUCGCAACCGCUGCUGGGCUCAGUCAACGAUUUUCGGGAUGUAUUGAGCGGGUAUUUCUAUGUUGAUCGAUGCUACGCGGCCGAUGUGUCGGAGAUAUGGAAUGCCUUAAUGGUUGAUAGAUCAGUAAGUCGACAUUGA